AUGUUCAGACAUGCAUUACAAGCUGUUGCAUUCCUCAGCGAAGACAAAAUCACUGCCAAAGUGGAGCUCUUGAAGAAAACAUUCACGUGGACGGAUGCUGAGGUGGGCAUUGUUGUUUCUAAGUGUCCACAAGUGUUGUCCAGGAAUAAAGAAUCGCUGGAGCGCAGGUCCGAGUUCCUUAUUUCCGAGUUGGGAUUGGAACCAGCAUACAUUGCUUAUCGUCCAGCAUUGCUCACUUAUAGUCUAGAGGGCCGGCUUAGGCCCCGGUGCUACAUUGUAAAGUUUCUUAAGGAAAAUGGGUUGCUAGAUCAUGACCGGGACUACUAUAAUACACUCAGUAUCAGCGAGAAGGUAUUCAUGGAGAAGUUCAUAUUCCCUCACAAGGAAGCUGCACCCCAUCUCACUCAAGACUAUGCAAAUGCUUGCAGGGGGGAAGUGUCCGCCAGGUUCAGUUUUACUUGA